AUGGCAAAAGCAUACACACAAGCUGAAUUUGACAGUCUGAUGGAGAAGGUGGAGAAGGUAGAUAUUAGGGUUAAAGAAUACUUAGAGUUAGCUGGUUACGAAAAGUGGGCUAGGUUGUAUGCACCUGUUAACAGGGGAUGGACAAUGAUGUCAAAUAUUGCUGAGUCAAUCAAUGUCGCACUAGUUUCAGCAAGGGAAUUGCCAAUAUACGACUUCCUCGAAGAAGUUAGGAAGAUGUUUGGACGUUGGAAUUGUAGUAACCGCAAAGAAGCUACACAGACAUACAAGACACUUGGGAAAAAAAUACCAGGAGAUGCUGGAGUUGAAUGA